CAUGGGUCAGCCGUCCCGAGACACCCUGCUGUGCUGUGGUGUGACCAGUGAAGGCAUUUUCAACAAUAAACAAGGUUUUCCCACCAUGUUUGGAAAGAAAAAGAAAAAGCUUGAAAUUUCCGGCCCCUCAAAUUUUGAACACAGGGUGCACACUGGGUUUGAUCACAGGGAACAGAAAUUCACAGGACUACCUCAACAGUGGCAUAGUUUACUGGCGGACACAGCUAAUAGGCCGAAGCCUAUGGUGGAUCCUUCAUGCAUCACACCCAUCCAACUUGCUCCUAUGAAGACCAUCGUUAGAGGAAAUAAACCUUGCAAGGAUACUUCAAUCAAUGGCCUGCUCGAAGAAUUUGACAAUAUCUCUGUGACGCGUUCCAACUCCCUUCGGAAGGAGAGCCCUCCCAUCCUGCACCUGGGACACCCGAACCAUGUCGAAAUCCACCAGAAGGAAAAUGGCUACAUCACAUAUUCUCAGUAUUCGAGCGAGUCAGAGACGGCCGCGGACUUCCUUGCUGACAAAUACAGGGACAAAACUAUUCAUGGGGAAGAACCAGACAGAUACUUGAAAGGCAGCUGCACUGCCAAACAGAACGGACACGUGGUGAAAAUGAAACCCAGCGAAAUGUAUUUUUCGGAAGCAAAGCCCCUGAAGUCCGACAUCUCUAGGUUCUUGCCAGAUUAUCCUGCCCAUAUGGAAACGAAAAGUAAACUGAAUGAGUUUGGUGGUCUGAAGCUGGAGUAUCAGAGGGCUCCUAGUGGAUCUUCUCUGGAUUACAAAGAGUCUUUCCAUUACACACCUACUAGAACUUCCCUUCACAGCCAAUGCUCAAGAGAGAGGCUAGAAUACAGUGACAGCGACUGGGCCAAGGAUGAUUAUGACAAAAGACCAAAGUCAUCCUAUGUAAACCAGACAAGCCCUCAACCUGCCAUGAGACAGAGGUCCAGGUCAGGCUCUGGUCUGCAAGAGCCAAUCAUGCCCUAUGGAGCACAUGCUUUUAAGUCCAAUCAGCAAGGCUAUUCGUAUAGUUCAUAUACCUACCCUCGAUUGUCAGAAACAGCAGCAGGCAUUCCAAAGCUGGAUUAUGAUCGGGCACAGAUGGUCGUAAGCCCGCCGCUGUCUGGAUCAGACACUUACCCUCGAGGCCCAACCAAACUACCUCAAAGUCAGAGCAAAGCCAGCGGCUACCAGUAUCCAGCCGUCUAUCACAAAUUCUCUCACUACCACCAUCAGCCUUCUCUGCAGCCAAGCUCACAUUACAUUUCCACGGCUUCGUACCCAAGUUCUCCGAGCAUCACUUCAAGCGCUUACCCUCCACCAAGCUGGGGUUCAUCCUCUGAUCAACAGACCUCCCGGGUGUCACACGAGCAAUUCCGGGCAGCCUUGCAGCUGGUGGUGAGCCCCGGAGACCCUCAAGAGUACUUGGACAACUUCAUCAAGAUUGGAGAAGGCUCCACCGGUAUCGUUUGCAUUGCCACAGAGAAGCACACGGGGAAGCAAGUUGCGGUGAAGAAGAUGGAUCUCAGGAAGCAGCAGAGAAGGGAACUGCUCUUCAACGAGGUUGUUAUAAUGAGAGACUAUCAUCAUGAAAACGUGGUCGACAUGUACAACAGCUACCUUGUGGGCGAUGAGCUGUGGGUUGUGAUGGAGUUCCUGGAAGGCGGUGCUUUGACAGACAUUGUGACUCAUACAAGAAUGAAUGAAGAACAGAUUGCUACCGUCUGUCUGUCCGUCCUAAAAGCACUGUCCUACCUUCAUAAUCAAGGAGUUAUUCACCGGGAUAUCAAGAGUGACUCGAUACUUCUCACAAGUGACGGGCGAAUAAAAUUGUCAGAUUUUGGGUUCUGUGCCCAAGUUUCAAAAGACGUUCCCAAAAGGAAAUCGCUUGUUGGAACCCCAUAUUGGAUGGCACCUGAAGUGAUUUCUAGAUUGCCUUAUGGAACAGAAGUGGAUAUCUGGUCCCUUGGCAUUAUGGUAAUAGAAAUGAUGGACGGAGAGCCCCCUUAUUUCAAUGAACCACCUCUCCAGGCAAUGCGCCGAAUCAGAGACAAUUUACCACCAAGAGUGAAGGAUUUACAUAAGGUCUCGUCAGUACUCCGUGGCUUUUUAGACUUGAUGUUGGUGAGGGAACCUUCGCAAAGAGGAACAGCACAAGAACUCUUGAGACACCCAUUUCUGAAAUUGGCUGGGCCUCCUUCUUGCAUAGUGCCUCUGAUGAGGCAGUACAGGCACCACUGAAUUCAGCGGUUGUUUUUCCUUUCUGUGAAAUUCUGCACGGAAGCAGGAUGAAAACUGCUGACUCAGCAGAAAGCACCAGUGAGCCACAAAAUGUACCACUGCUGAUAUGACUCAAUAAACAAUGACGGAAACUUCUCCAGGUUUAUGAAGGUAUUUCGU